CAGUCGUUGUUUUCUACGAAAAUGGUUGCACCAACGCUGUCUCGCACGCUGCUCAUGAUGGGCUUCCAAGCGGCGACGAUGCCCGUGUUCCGGAAUGGCGCAUGGCGGCCACCGAUGCUGUCCAAGCGCGAGGUCGCACAGAGCCUGAAGCUCUUUGGUCCUGGCAUUGUGCCUGCGCCAAAGGUCUCCAACUGGCAGCCAACGCACGCCAAGGGCCACCUCUACGACAUCCAGAAGGGGACACGACAAGCAAAGGUUGACAAGAUUAUGGAGACAAUGCAAGCACAGAAGGACGCACUCCGACAGGAGCGCCGCAACUAUCGCAUCACGGUGCGCGCAGACUCAAAGCCGGUGGCAUCGGAUACUUACACCGAGGCAGAUCAGCUUGCAUCCAAGCUCAAGCGCGAGCGUCUCAUGGCAAAAAAGGAAGCCAAGAAGGAGAAGAAGGCCCGCUAAAUGGCCUUUUGUUUUUAUCGUUCUGCUGUUUCUUUUCCGUUAUUGCUUGGAGUUGGACUGUGUGGAUUUCUCGUGUUCAAAAGUUGUGUACAACAUGCUGUUGUUUUCUCGAAGCCCGUUUCCCC